CAGAGAAAUUUGCAAAUUGGUACGCGUUCGAAUAGUCUAAACGGUUUGCGAAAUCUGUUAACUGUGAGGAACACGGCCGGAAGAGGUAAAAAUUCAGUCGGUGAGAGAAGGCCAUUUCGGCGCUGCAAAAGCAAAACCUUGAAAAAACGGAAGGAGGAGAAGGAACAAGUGUCCGCGUUAUCCAAUUAGGCCCGGGGAGUCAAUUUGCAUUUGGAAGUCGGCUGAAGCGGACGGCCAGAAGAAACCCCACUGUGAGGGUCGAUCAGACGGCGGAGAUUUUCCAGUGCCUGAGCCGAAAAAGUGAAAAAAGCACCUGCAAUAAAUAAUCAAUCGGAAAUUAAACGAGAUCACUCAAGCUCAUCUGUAAUUCGUUCGUAGCAGCGCAAUGGAGCAAUACGCCCUGUUAUCGGACUCUUCAAGCGAUGACGAUAUCGAAUUGAUGGGUGACAUUUUAACCCAAGCUAAGUCUUUGUUGGUGGUAGCUGUAGAAGAGAGCAGGUCACGGAAGGGGAAAAAACCGAAUAUCGAUCGCCUUGCUCAGCAAGGAUCUUUGCGUUUGAUAGCAGACUACUUUUCUGAACAACCGUUGUACUCUGAAGAGCAAUUCCGUCGAAGAUUUCGAAUGCGACGUAGUCUUUUUAUCCGCAUCGUAAAUGAUGUUGAGGCCAAAAAUGAAUACUUCACACAAAAACCUAAUGCUGCCGGAAAACUGGGCCUAACGGCGUUGCAAAAAUGUACGGCAGCCAUACGGCAAUUAGCUUACGGAAUGCCAUCGGAUGCCAUAGACGAGUACGUUCGUAUUGCCGAGUCAACGGCACGACAGUCCAUGAUGGAAUUUUGCCAAACAAUUUUGGACCUGUAUGCUGACCAAUAUUUGCGAUCUCCAAAUAGCGCAGAUAUGAAACGGCUGCUGGAAACAGGCGCGUCGCGUGGUUUUCCCGGAAUGUUGGGAUCCCUUGACUGUUGCCAUUGGGAGUGGAAGAAUUGUCCCACUGGAUGGGCCGGCCAAUAUCAAGGGAAAAGUAAAAAGCCAACCAUUAUACUGGAAGCCGUGGCAUCUUACGACCUCUGGAUCUGGCAUGCAUUUUUUGGUAUUCCAGGGUCGAACAACGACUUAAAUGUUCUGGAGCGGUCGCCACUCUUCAACAAGCUCUACAGCGGAAAAACUCCACCGGUUGAGUUCACGAUCAAUUCGAGAAAAUACACCACUGGAUAUUACCUAGCGGACGGUAUAUACCCCCCUUUGGCGACAUUGGUCAAAACUAUUUCUUCGCCCGUGGAUCAAAAACGGAAGCAUUUUGCCAUGAUGCAAGAAUCCACAAGAAAAGAUGUGGAACGGGCUUUCGGAGUAUUAAUGGCACGAUUUGCGAUAUUGAAAAAUCCGGCAAGGCUCUGGAACAGAGAUAAAUUGUCACAAAUUAUGCGAAGUUGCAUUGUUCUUCACAAUAUGAUAAUCGAAGAUCAAAGAAACAUUCCCGAAAUCGAGUACGAUCAGGGCGGAAACGCAGAAGUUACGGUCAGGAUGGGAGGAGGAGAAGGAUUUCAAGCAUUCCUUAGCAAAUACUGCCAAGUUCACAGCCCAGUUCUCCAUUAUCAGCUUCAGGAAGACUUAGUAGAGCACCUGUGGAAAAAAAGGGAGAACAAAGCUAAACGUAUCUUGGAAUGUCAACUUUGUUUUCCCACUGAAAAACCGGUUGUAAGACUACACGACUAAUAGAGAAAUUUGCGUAUCCAAACCGGAUGACCUGUUGGUGAAAUCGGCUGGCUUAAACCCGACUUGGAGGAUAGGAAACGAAUCUUCACAUACUGGACAUGCGGAACCGAAAUCCAAAUUCCCAAUGAAGUUGUACAAUUUAAAUUUUUUAUAGCAAACCUCAUUUUUCUUCAACUUCUUUCAAAUGACCAAACUAAGAUAACAACUUUGA